CCCGCGGCCCCGCGUGGCUGCGGUGCGCGCGCCCGAACGCGCGGCUCGGCCUUAUAAAGAGAGCACGGCGAGGCGCGCGCUCCACCGCACAGAGGGUGCUCCGUGGGCCGUGCCGUGCGCCUGCGCAGUGCGGGCCACUCCCCGCCCCCCUGCCCCGCCGCUCCUCAGCCGGCAGGCCCGGCCCAGCUUCGGCUCCGCGCCCUCGCCCGGCUCUCAGCCGCCGCUCUGCCCUGCAGCAGCCAGCCCGGCCUCCGGCAGCAUGUUCAGCUGGGUCAGCAAGGAUGCCCGCCGCAAGAAGGAGCCGGAGCUCUUCCAGACGGUGGCCGAGGGGUUGCGGCAACUAUACGCGCAGAAGCUGCUGCCCCUGGAGGAGCACUACCGCUUCCACGAGUUCCACUCGCCCGCGCUGGAGGACGCUGACUUCGACAACAAGCCUAUGGUGCUCCUCGUGGGCCAGUACAGCACGGGCAAGACCACCUUCAUCCGGCACCUGAUCGAGCAGGACUUCCCCGGGAUGCGCAUCGGGCCCGAGCCCACCACCGACUCCUUCAUCGCGGUCAUGCAUGGUCCCACCGAGGGCGUGGUGCCGGGCAACGCGCUCGUCGUCGACCCGCGGCGCCCUUUCCGCAAGCUCAACGCCUUCGGCAACGCCUUCCUCAACAGGUUCAUGUGCGCCCAGCUGCCCAACCCGGUCUUGGACAGCAUAAGCAUCAUCGACACUCCCGGGAUCCUGUCUGGAGAGAAGCAGCGCAUCAGCAGAGGUUACGACUUCGCGGCCGUCCUCGAGUGGUUCGCCGAGCGGGUGGACCGCAUCAUCCUGCUCUUUGACGCCCACAAGCUGGACAUCUCCGACGAGUUCUCGGAAGUCAUCAAGGCGCUCAAGAACCAUGAGGACAAGAUCCGCGUGGUGCUGAACAAGGCCGACCAGAUCGAGACCCAGCAGCUGAUGCGGGUCUACGGGGCCCUCAUGUGGUCCCUGGGGAAGAUCAUCAACACCCCCGAGGUGGUCAGGGUGUACAUCGGCUCCUUCUGGUCCCACCCGCUCCUCAUCCCCGACAACCGCAAGCUCUUCGAGGCCGAGGAGCAGGACCUCUUCAAAGACAUCCAGUCUCUGCCCCGAAACGCCGCCCUCAGGAAGCUCAAUGACCUGAUCAAGCGGGCGCGGCUGGCCAAGGUCCACGCCUACAUCAUCAGCUCCCUCAAGAAGGAGAUGCCCAACGUCUUCGGUAAAGAGAGCAAAAAGAAAGAGCUGGUGAGCAACCUGGGCGAAAUCUACCAGAAGAUCGAGCGGGAGCAUCAGAUCUCCCCCGGCGACUUCCCCAGCCUCCGCAAGAUGCAGGAGCUCCUGCAGACCCAGGACUUCAGCAAGUUCCAGGCCCUGAAGCCCAAGCUGCUGGACACGGUGGACGACAUGCUGGCCAACGACAUCGCCCGGCUGAUGGUGAUCGUGCGCCAGGAGGAGUCCCUGAUGCCUGCCCAGGCCGUGAAGGGCGGUGCUUUCGACGGCACCAUGAACGGGCCCUUUGGGCACGGCUACGGCGAGGGGGCCGGCGAGGGCAUCGACGACGUCGAGUGGGUGGUGGGCAAGGACAAGCCCACCUACGACGAGAUCUUCUACACACUGUCGCCUGUCAAUGGCAAGAUCACGGGCGCCAACGCCAAGAAGGAGAUGGUGAAGUCCAAGCUGCCCAACACGGUGCUGGGGAAGAUCUGGAAGCUGGCUGACGUGGAUCGGGACGGGCUGCUGGACGACGAGGAGUUCGCCCUGGCCAACCACCUCAUCAAAGUCAAGCUGGAGGGCCACGAGCUGCCCGCCGACCUGCCCCCGCACCUGAUCCCGCCCUCCAAGCGGAGGCACGAGUGAGCGACCCCUACUCCCACCGGCCGGCCAGGCAGAGGCUGCAGGGGAGGGGAGGGUCAGCAGUUCCCAAGACCAUAAAGACUGAGCAAUAUUUCCUCAGCUCGCAAAGGAAAACCACCAUCUUUAUCUUAAGGCUGCUCCUGGGGAGGCAGGGGUGAUACUCGUAGGUGAACGAUGGAAUUUUGUGCAUAAGAACCAUGGCUAUUUUUAAUAUAUAACGUUAGAGGCA